AUGAAGCUCAUCAUCUCUCCGUUUGUACUACUGGCUGCUAUCGACCAUGUCACUGCCGAAAGAUUUCUCGGACGCGUUAAUCCGGAUACUCGAGAACUGACAUGGCCUGGAACCGGCGUAUCCUUCACUUUCACAGGCUCAUCGGCUAGUAUAGAAAUCGAAGCUACAACUGGUACCAACAGUGCUCAGCUGACCAUCGACGGUGUGGCGACUGUCAUCUCGGACGUAAAUGGUACCUCCAUCACAACACCCGCUGGCCUCCGGAACGGCAACCACACCGUCGAAUUGCGUAAACGAUCUGAGGCUCUCUUCGGCACCAUCUCUGUUGGUAACAUCACCACGGAUGGCACAUUCGGUCCGGACAUGUACUCCCCUCGCAAGAUCCAGGUCAUCGGCGACUCUAUUACUGUGGGAUAUGGCCUUGACGGCGUGAACCCAUGCGUGAACACCGCCGCAGUUGAAAACAACCCCAAGACCUAUGCUGCCCUCGCCGCGGAUGCGUUGAAUGCCGACUACGACAUUAUCGCUUGGAGCGGCAUCGGCCUGACGAGGAACUACGUCUCUCCAACCCCAGACACCAGCGACAUUAUGCCUCAGCGCUGGACCCGGUACGGGGCUCUCGACCCCUUGAAUAGCUACACAUUCCCCGCCAACGCCACACCAGACGCCGUGGUUAUCAAUCUCGGCACCAACGACUUUGGUUACCAAACUGGCAUCCGGGAUCCCAUCGUCCCAGCAGAGUACACCGCCGCUAUGGUAAACUUUGUCAAGACAAUUCAGAAACACUACCCAGACGCUGCAUUUUUCCUUCUGACUUCGCCUAUGCUCAACGACGGAUAUCCCUCCACUCAAGAUGCGCAGAAGACUACACAGAAGAACGCGCUGAAUGCUGCUAUCGCGCAACUCCAAAACAGCACGAGCGUUAGCCUAGUGGAUAUUCCGAGUCAAGGUUCAGAUGUUGGCUGUGACUAUCAUCCUAAUGCGGCGACACAUGCCGCGAUGGCGGAAAUUUUGGCUAAAGCUCUUGCUGGUGAGCUAGGUUGGUGA